UAGAGAAGAAGUGGGAGGGCAGAGGAGAUUGGAGGAACGAGGAGAGGCAGAGCAGAGGAGGACGGUGGAGCGAGGAUAGACCAGAAGAGGAUGGCAUAGCAAGGCGAGGUAGAGAAGAAGUGUUAGAGGAAAUAGAAGGCGGUGAAGCGAGGAGAGAUAGAGGAGAAGAGGUAGAGACAAGGUAGAGCAAGAAGAGGGUGGUGGCGCGGCCGGUGGUGGGUCAGUCGGGCUGCGCGCACUGUACGGGUCGGAGGUCGGAGCGACUACUGCAGUACCGGCGGCUCCACCGUACGAGUCUGGGCCUAUGGAGCAGGGUAUAGCAGCGCGGCCUUCAAAAUAUAUCCACUGCUGAAGAAAUUUUGCAAGACGUUCUUCCCCCUACGUUGUAACAAGCACCUUUGGCGUGGUCUUCUAACUUAACACGCGAAUGGCACUUAACCCUCAAGGUGUGACCGAGUUGGCCCCCUUAACCUGAGAGAUAUAUAAGGAAGUUGUGUUGGCAGCCCUGCGGAGGCGAGCAUGGCCGGAUACCUGGCACUCAGAUCCAUGGAGGGCAACGGAGUAGCGGCUCAGGGGAGCGUCCCUCCAGGGGGCGAGGACGAGGACCAUAAUAAACAGGAGAUGCUGGUUGCUGUACAGACAGGUGAUAAGGAAAAGCUUCAAUAUGCACUGAAACAGCUGUCACCAAAGUGCAUCAAUCAUGUGUUUCCACACCCUGUUUAUGCCACAGCUCUUCACAUUGCCGCACAGAACAAUUCCACAGAGCUAGUAGAUUGUCUCCUUAAGGAAGCAGCUGACCCAAAUGUUAGGGACCUACGUGGGAAGAAGUACUGCCCCAUACAUUAUGCUGCACAUAAUGGAAACUUAGAAAUCAUACAGGCACUUCUUCGAGCAGAUGCAGAUCCUGAUGCAAAAGAAGGCGAGUUUGGUCGCACAGCGCUCCACAUCCUUGCUACUCGAUGGAAGACUAACGAAGAUAAUUUUAAAGCUUGUCUUGAUGCUCUUCUGUCAUGCAAAAUUAAAGUAGAUACUGUAGACAGCAGCCAGUCUUCCCCUCUUUUUAUGGCUGCUACAAAGAGUUGGGAGUACAUGACACGCCAAUUGAUUCUUAAAGGAGCCAGUAUUGACCUUGCUGUGGGAAAUAAGACAGUUGCUGAUGUUAUCCGCAAGAAGUUACCUGGUCUUCUUGAAACAAUUGACUUUUCUUUAAUUGAAAAGCCGCAACGAUAUUUUGGUGAUGAGUUAUAUAAAGCUCUCAAGGAUGGUGAUUUGGAGGUAUUUAGGGAAAUCCUUUAUGAGAUUAAAAAUUCUGGAAAGUCAAGUACCGAUAUACUUGAAGAGGACCAUGGAGAUUAUACACUUUUACAGCGUGCAUGUGAUGAUGGAUUGUCUGACUUUGUAGAAGAGCUGUUAAAGAAUGGAGCUGAUCCAACAAAGAAAGAUAAUACAAGCAAAAUGUCUCCAAUCCUGUAUGCUACAAGAAAUGGAUUUCACAAGAUUGUGGAAAUGCUUAUUAAAACCAUGAAAGAACGAGGUUACUUACAGAAAGGAGCUCUGAAAGAAACAGACUUACGGAAAGAAACUCCUUUGCAUAAAGUGGUAAAAAGAGAAUAUCCAUCGAAGAAUGAAGGAGUGAAUUAUUAUCGAUGCCUGCAAAUUCUCUUGGAUAAGAAGCAUUACCUAGACAUAGAUUACCAAGAUGAAUUUGACAACACACCACUACACUAUGCUGUUCUUUGUGAUGACCAGAGCUUUGUUCGUACUCUGUUAUUAAAUGGAGCCCACUUGGGUAUACGCAACAAAUUUGGAACUCUUGCAAUUACCCGAAUCCAGGCAUCUGUGCUUGAGGAAGUUCUUAAUGACUGCAUUAAACAUAAGAAUAAUGUGGCAGAUCGUGACUUCGAAAUCAUUGUUCACUACAGUAUGCUGGCUCCAGCACAGGCAUCUCAACAGCCAGAAACUGAAUGCUUGCGGUUCCUGAGUGGAUCAAGAAAUCAUAGGCGAUUGCUGCGGCAUCCAGUUAUUGAUACCUUCCUGUUCCUUAAAUGGCAGAGAAUUAGACAGUACUACUUUUUCAAUAUUGCUGCCUACACAGCUUUCCUAAUCUUGCUGACAGCUUAUGUUCUGAUCUAUCAUGGAACAUUUAUCCCUUUAUCAGAGGAUGUUUCACAGAAUAAUACUGAGAUGCCUGAUUUAAAUGAUACAACAUCAAAUGUAGAAACAGUCAGUGAAAUGAUUAUGGAGAACUUGGUUAUCAAAUUUAUCUUCAAAGGCAUAAUUUCACUUUUUGCACUCUACAUAGCAGUGCGAGAAGGUAUUCAGUUUUUUGUUUCAUGGAAGCUCUACGUUUCUCGUUUAGAAAAUUGGCUUGAAAUCUCUAUUGUUUUGCUAACUGCUGCUCUUUUAUUUAUUCCACUGGGUGAAAAGUCACUACAAAGUCUCUCUGCUUGGCUUGUACUCUUCUCAUGGAUCGAAUUCAUUCUCUUACUUGGUCGUCAUCCAUAUUUUGCAGUGUACAUCACAAUGUUUACAACAGUCACUUAUAAUUUCCUUAAAUUUAUCAUGAUGUUUUCCUUCAUGGUAAUUGCAUUCAGCAUUAGCUUUUAUUUGGUGUUCCAGGUUGAUGACAACUUCAUGACGUAUCACCAGUCAUUGUUAAAGACUAUUGCAAUGACAACAGGUGAAAUUGAGUACACAGAACUCCCUCUCUCAUCUUUCCCUGUUUCAUCACAUCUUUUAUUUGUAUUGUUUGUAUUCCUAAUUGUUCUGGUGUUAAUGAACCUUCUAAAUGGUCUAGCUGUUAGUGAUAUCCAACAGAUCCAGCAAGAAGCUGAAAUUGUCAGUUACAGUAGUCGUGUUGAGCUUAUUUCCUAUAUUGAGUCUGUGUUUUUGGCAAGUCCAUUCAGGCGAAUUGUUCCAGGACCCAUCACAUGCUGUGAAACUGGAACUGACGACUGCUACCUUACAUCCUGUUUGAACUCCCCCAACCCAGUAAUGAAGCUCCUCAACUGGAUGGGUCGACGGACACUCAUGUUUCACUCCUGCCUGCGUGACCCUUAUAUAAUUGUCUAUCCCAACCGUGGUGUUGACCGUUGGCAUGUCUGUGACUGUCACUCUUUCCAUCUCAAGGAAACUCAGAUUGAAGCAGCAAAGGAUGUUGUUCUUGAGAAAGAACAUGCAGUUUCUGAUCAUCGUCUCUCUGGCCUAGAGAAUCGCCUAGAUGAAGUAAUGGCUGCCAUUUCCUCUCUUACAGAAAAAGUAAACAAACAUGUACUCUGUCCUUCUCCUCAGUGACUUACAAAAUCCUCGGAAACUCUUCCAGAAAUUAACACUUAAUGUACUUGGAUCUCAUUGUGUGCUUAAUAAUACUGUACUGUAUUAAAAUGUUAUUUGUAAUGCAUUAAUAUAUUACAUAGGUUAAAGGUGAGAAAAUAUGCAGAAACCUUAUGUAAAAUAUUUCUGUGGAAAUUACCAGCAGUUUUGGUAUUUUCUGGUAUUUAAAUUAUUUUCAAGAUAAAUUCUUUGUGCAAUGCCAUCUUAUAGACCAUGUUGACCAAAUAUAAUGGGUUCAUAUUGUAGUUGGCAUUUAUUAUUGAUAUUACAUUGUUUAAAUACAAUACAGAGUAAAAUAAAUGUAUAUAAUAAAGAACUAUCUAGUGAUUAUUAGUUACUGAUAUGUCAUUGGGACAUAUUAUACUGUAUUUUUGAAUUAUGAGUGAAAUUUAAUACCAGUUACAAUAAUUCCAUUCAAAAUAAGAAUGAUUUAAUUGAUUAAUGCAUUUGUUUUAAUAAUUUUAUUUUAUCUUGUGAUAAAGCAUAGGUUAAGGAAAAUAUAUUUGUGAUAGUAUAUAAGUGAUUUUAAGAUAAGUUAUUGCUACAGCCUUAUAACAGAAAUUAUUCAGUGGUGAAACUCCCUCCAGAGAAGCAUACUUAAGUGCUGAUAUUUAAAGGACAGAAGCUUUAAGUAAGUUGUGGAUAUAUGUAGUGUAAUGUGUAAUAAUGUUAAUGCAUUAAAUUCAUGGCAUUGUAGUCGAAUUUGUCUACAGUCAUGAUCUUGGUUUGACUUGACUGGUGCUCUAUCUUACCUUUCCUUUCUUUCCUGACUGAAGACCAUAAUUGUGUACUUAAUUGUAUUCUGAUAUAAUUACUGUACUUAGAAAUAAAAUGGUUAAUACAAAAUGCAAAACUUAAUUUAGUGUGAUAAUAAUGUACAAUAUUAUUAAAAAGCGUAAAGAAUGUAGAAUGUUUUUAUACAAAUUUCCUAUUAGAAGUAUUUGUAUAUAGAUGCAAUGUAUGAGGUUUUAGUUACCAUAAUAUUUGUUAGUGCUGAUGCUAGAAAAUCUUCAUUGGUAAAAUCCUAUAUGGUGUAAAACUAAUUUUAACUAUUAUAUUGUAGAGGAUUUUCUUUUAAACAGGUAAAUUUAUAUGAUGGUAAAGACCCAUACUUUUAAUGAAUUUGCAAUUAAGACUUUUGAGAUGAUUAUAUAAAAGAUAAACAGCAGACUUUAAAAUACUGUCAAGUCACAAGUAUGGCAGGUUGUGUACACGUCCACUUUCACAGCUUCCCUGACUGGAGAAGAGGAAGCUUAUACCAAGUGACUGUACAUUGUCAGUUGCCAUCUCAUUAUUCUCUCAUUUACUUGGAAUUCAUUAUUUGACUUUCAAAAAUUGUUCCAUGACCGCUCCUAUGUACAUAGGAGCAAUGUAUGUACAAUGUAUGUAGAACUAUAUAUAUUUAUGUACAUAGUUCCCAAAUUUAUAUACUUGUUUCUAAAUUCAUACCACUAACCUAACUUAGAGUCAGUUUGCAUAUAUGUCAAUAUGUAGGAGUUAAAGUUGCAUGAAAGACUGUUGUUUCAUAAUGAUUUUCAUAGGUACUCUGUGUAAAAAUCUCUACUGCUUUUAUUAAAGCCACUAAAAUGAGGGCAUGAGGUGAACGUUAGUGACCAUAACAAAUGUAAUGGAUCAGUUUAUUCAUUCUUGUAGAGACAUUGGUUUCCUUAGAAGGACAGCAGGAUAUUAUAUUUGGCAUGUAUGGCAGUUAUAGAGUUGGACUUAAAGUUGGCAAAAUAUGAUUGUUGGUGUUAAGAAGUUACAUUUUGUUGAGGUCUGUUGCUGCAAAGCCUAGUUUUCAGUGGUAACUCAUAAUUAAAUAUUCCAUGGUAAAUACAUGGAUCAAUUUCAUUUAGGAAACAUUAUUUUUUUGCAGUACAAUAGAGAUUUACAACAUUGCAUUUAUACAUACCGGUACAUCCCAAAGGUCCUUAACCUUCUCUACCAAUCAUGUCAUAUAUUAUUUUUCUAUUAAUUCUUGAUUGAUUUUUGUGUUAUCCUACAGUGCUGAACAUAUUUGUAUCAAACAACUGCAAGCAUGGAUAUUGUUGCUUAUAAUAUUUCAGUAAUUUGAUUUGGUCUCCAUAGCUUUAGUUUAACCCAAUUUUGCACUUCAGAACUACUUGCUUGAUCAUGGCAAUAACCUGUAGUUUAUUCAAGGAGCAUCUCAAGAACAUCAAGAAAUGUUCCACAAUAACCAAUACAAUUGUAAAUGUCUUAGCAGUAUAUUACAUGUUAAUUGAUGUAUUUAAGAUGUUACAAUUAUUCCUUACCAGUUGAGCAUUUUUAAACACAGCAUCUAAUGUAUUAUGUUUUAUAUUGAACUGUUUUCUUUCCUAUUAUGGUGGAAAAUUGAAGUGGCUUUGAUAUUGUUCUCUUGGUGGUGAGUAUUUUGUACAAGAUAUAUGAUUGAAAUUUGCUGGAUCAAAUUAAUUCUACAAGCUUUUACCUGAAUUUACCUGAGGGGGGCCACUAACACUAGUGGCAUCGAUGAGGACAGGAAGCUGGCGGCACGUUGUAGGUCCCCCCAUUUUCCAAUUGCCUUGGUCUCUAAGAUUCCAGAAGCUUAUCACUUCUUAAAUAUUACCAAAACUGUUAAUGUUAUUAUAUAAAGUGCAUAUACAUACUGUAAUACUAACAUUACCAUUUUGAAAAAUUUAUGAUUAUACUGUAUCAAGACAUUUACUUGACUGUAUAUUCAGCAAUUAGGCAUGUAUAACUGCCAGUCUUUCUUAAUAGCAGGAAAAACAAUAUUAAACUGGUUUGCUGUAAAUCGGUAAACUGUGUGCUUUGAAGCACAAUAUCUAUACAGUACUGUCAUAUAUAAAUGCUUUUGUUUCUAUCAAAUUUGUUUUCACUAUAUUUAAUGUGUGCAAAUAAAUUCAUAAAUAACAUAAUGAACUUAUUUUCAGUGUCUUUGUAUAUGUAAAUAUUUAAAUGUGGCAGACUGUUCAGUGAAUUGGUGUGGGUUAUAGUGGAUUUUAAAUGAUGUAACAAAACAGUGCAGCUUGUAAUGAAUAUCCUGAAGAGAAAAUAUACUAUAUUGACAAAAUUUAAUAUUUAAGAAUUUUGUUUUAAUCAAAUGGUAGGCAAAGUAUACAUACUAGGAUGUAUUGCCUUAUACUGAAUUUCUUUGUACAAUUCCAGAAAUGUGGCUGUUUUUGUUACAAAUAAAAUGGAUUACUGUGA